AAUCUUGGGACUUUUUUGUUGAGAAUACAAACGACACAGCUACCACCACCACCGCAUGGUUGAGUAAGUCGUGGCUGUGGCGGUGUAUAGCAGGCCGUGGGCUCAGUGUGUCGGUGAGGAGCAGACCAGACUACAUGUGUUUCCCUGUGUCUCUGUAUACAGUCUGACCCUCGUGGUGGCAGUCGUGUUAUAUAUAGGUGCUGGACACACUGAAACCUAAAGAGAUUUUGAACAGUUUUUAUUCAUUGAGGCUUGUUAAUAAUGACACACUGUUAUUCGGGGAGACUAGUGUCCUACAGGCUUUAUCAACACUCUACGCAAAAUGUAAAGGUUUUCCUGAAACUGUGGGAGAUAGAACUACACCAUACAUCGCCAUCUUGCUUCGUUCACGAUAUUUAAACAUCGGAGCCUCCUAUAUUUCCCGGCAUUUGUACAUCUCCAAGUGUCUACAUAUUAAUUCCAUUGAUUCUUGGAUUUUUUAAAGUUCGUGUUACCUUUCCUGGAAUUAUUCACUUCCGGGGAAGUUGUUUUGUUAUCGUAGCCAGAGACUAGCGUAUUUAUACAUACGCAUUUGUGUGAGACAUUUAAUAUAUAGUUAUAAUUGUUUAUAUUUGUAUUCAUUUAAUAUUAAGUAUUCUUGUUAAUUAUAUUGAUGAGAAAGUACAAGAAGAAAUAUUUGUGAAUUUUUCGUGAUAAUAUUUUUUACGAAAUAUUUAAAAAAAGACUUUGUAAUAUUUGUAACAAACAAAAUACAACCAACGUCUUUCAUAUUUACGGAGCAUCUUUUUUCCGGGGAAUUCUCGGCGUUUCUAUGUAUUAGUUGAUUUUGUUAUGGCCAUGGUGAAUACGAUGCUGAAUCUGUCAUCUGCUGUGAAGGACUCGAGGUGGCUUACACUUGAAGUCUGCCGGGAAUAUCAGCGCAACAAAUGUUCGCGAACAGAAAAUGAGUGCAAAUUUGCACACCCUCCGCCCCAUGUUGAAGUCCAAAAUGGUCGUGUGACGGCUUGCUUCGAUUCUAUAAAGGGUAAAUGCCAGAGGAAGGAUCCCCCCUGUAAAUACCUACACCCUCCACAACACCUACGGGAACAGUUGUUACAGAAUGGCAGAAACAACCUGAUAUUACGUAAUCUUCAGAUGCAGGCUGCCCAGCAGGCAGCGCUACAGCCCCUGAUGCCUAUACAGACCAUGUAUGAGACUGCGAGCAGCAACAAGCCAACCGUGACGGCAUAUCCUACUCUUGUGCCGGGACAGUACCCAAUUGUGGCACACCCCUAUUUGGGAUCAAUACCAACGUCCGUGGCCUUCAACCCUUAUGCCACCAUAAACCAGGGCAACGUACAAACAGUGGCGGUGCCCGGGGGAGGGGAUGCCACCAUGGUAACAAGCCCACUCCAAGGAGUCAUCCAAGCGAUUCCAUCCCAACAGAAGCUGGCAUCGUCCCGGCCGGACAGACUCGAGGUUUGUCGAGAAUAUCAAAGAGGUACUUGCACGCGACAACCUAGUGAGUGUCGCUAUGCACACCCUCCAGAUAAUGUAACAGUCGACACGGCCGAGAAUCAGGUCACUGUUUGUAUGGACUUUGUAAAAGGGAAGUGUACACGGGAUUCGUGUAAAUAUUUCCACCCACCUGCACACCUCCAGGCUCUGAUCAAAGCCACCCAACAACGAUCUAACACCACUGCCGCUCAAGCUCAAGCUCUGCCGCAAGUGGUUGAGGUCAUUCCAGGCAAGAAGCGGCCUCGUGACCAUGCCGAUGACCUCGUUCUGCAGGGUGCGUUACCGGGGGUGAUACCGUACAAACGUGUAGCGGUUGCUGACGGCAAAAGUGGAUUACCUAUGUAUCAUCCAGGCGCAAACUUCGCCUACCAACAGGCGCUAACGGCCAUGCAGUUACAACAGCAAUAUGUGCCAGCAACAAGUUUUUAUGUUUCAGAUACAAAUAAAAGUGGCAUUCCAGUUCCUACCCAGAUAUCACAGUCAAGUCCCCUGCCGCAGACCAUGCAGAUACCCCAGCAACACCUAGUUCCAGUAACACCAGUGCCAUUGGUUGUCUCCCCUGAAGCCGCUGCAUCCACAGCUAUGGUGACGGCACCAAUUGGCGUACCAUCUAAUAACGCCUAUACCGUAAAUUACUUUGACAGCAACCAACAGUUGCUGGACACCCUCCCAGUUUGCCGAGAUUUUAAAUUGGGCCGGUGUAACAGGCCUGAAUGCAAGAGUGUGCAUAUUAUGGAGGAUUAUGUUGAAGUGAAGGAUGGACGGGCGGCAGUGUGUCGAGAUGCGGUCCGUGGAAAGUGUACGCGUGCGAUGUGUAAAUACUACCACAUCCCCAUACCACUUCCUCCUUCCAAGUAACCACGGCCACAUUGCAUUAUGAUUCUUUUUCAUUUAGUUGCCAUGACAACCAGGAGGGAUAAAAGUGGGUCAUUGCGUUCUCAAUAUGUUUGUUUUUUAAUACAAAUGGAUUUUAAGUGUUUGUAUUCCACAAAGUUUUAUGAGGAUUAUCAUGUAGGUGGGCGUGGCCUAAGUCGCGGGGAUGAUUAAUUUACUGAUGUAAUACAGUGAUCUUGAAAUCGUGGACUUUGACCUUGUAUUCUUCCUUGCCAAUGGAUUUUUCUACAAAUGAUUCCUGCCCAAGGAAUCAUGGUGCUAUGGAAAUGAAUCCGUGAAAGGAAUCCGGUGAUGACCUUUUCUCUGACCUUGACAAUGACCUUGACCUGUGUAUAAAAUGUGAAGGAAUCAUAGUUAAGUGAUUAUGUUAGAAUUGUCGAAGGCCUGUUGUCAAGUUAACAGCAACAGCUUCAAGGAGUUUAGUGGCAAGACUAUACUUGCGGAAAAGGAGAAGAAAAAGUCGCCGAAAAGGAUAAUGCAUUUUUUUCCAGAUUUCAGAAAUUUCAAUUUUUUAUUUACAUUCAAGUGAUAGAUUAUACAGCAAAAUUGAAAAAAAAAGUUUUACUUGUAAACGAUAUUCUCCACAAUAUUGAAUAUUGCUCAAAUAUUUUUUGUUGUUUUAAUCCUUUCAUUCAGAGAAAAACCCUGUUGAUAAAUAUUGUUAUAUAAUAACAUCAAUCAGUUUAAAAGAUUGCCCUAGUUGCUAGACGAUAAAGUAAUCUUGACACAACUACGCAACUAAUUUUUUAGCCUAAUUUUAAUUUUUGAAAUUUGGGCGUUAGUGACGGAUUGAUUUGUUUUUUAAUCCUUGCUUAGCCUGCCACUUCCUUGCUGUUUUCCCCCAUAAUGCUAUAUACAAUAUGGCGACCCGGAGUGAAGCCCUGCCAGCCUUCAAGAGUUUUUAGCAGCUAUGAUUUUUGAAGUGUUUAUUUUGUACCCAUAUGGAGAUGCACGUUGCGCACACGACAAGAGAAUACGUUUGAUAUGUAUAGAUUACAUGUGUUUUACACUUAAUGCAUGACUGUUAGAGGAACAGUGGGGAGUUGUGACACAUUUUAACAACAGAGUUAUGUCCCUUGAUCACUUCAACAUGGUACUCGGUAAACUUAAAGGUGUAGAGGGGAGAUGGUUCUUAGUUUUUUUUCUGUACUGUUUGUAGACAUUGUUUUCUUUCUGUUAGGCCUAAAAUCCAGUUUGUCUACUGGUAGAUAUGUGCUACUUUGCCAUUGGUUGGCCCUACUUGACAAAUCGGUAUGCUCCGGAUAUUGUUAUUAGUCGGUAACUUGUAUCUAUUUAGCAAGUCUUAUCCAAUCAGAGCAGUAUAGACCAAGUUUUUGUAGAUUAUUUGAAUGCCAAAUGUUAGGCAGAUAGUGAAUUUCUGAACAAGAAGGACCAUCCCCCCUUUACAUGAUAACCUAUUCUGUGUACCUGAUGUUUGUUAUGAGUGUAAUUUUUUAGUUAAAGAUACUGUUGUAAAUUAUAUAUUUUGAUGAAAAAGGUGCAAUUUCUUCUACAAGGUGCACACUAAACUAAUUUGUUAUGAUGAACAAUUGUUUGUUUGUUUUUUUCUUUAUAAUUUUUUUUUCAAAACUGUGCCAUAAAGUUUUCUCUGCUGAUGAUGGUAGGGAGAUAUAUAUAUAUGUAUACCCUUCUGUGCUGAAGGUAGUAACCAACACUGUUCCAUUGUCACUGUUUUAACCAAUUGAAGAUUUGUAUGUAUAAAAAGACCUGAACCAAGGUCACGUGUUCCAAACAUUUAAUGUUCAUAUUCUAAAAUUAACCAUUGUGAGUGAUAGUUGAUCGAUACAAUUUAAAACAAAUUAUAUAAUGGAUUAAUUGAUGACUAUAAGUUAGGUCGUCAAUUGCGAAAUUGUCACAAAUCCAUGUUACAAAACCUGUAGUGUUACUUUAACCUAAAUUACUAUUUGACUGGACAAAGGCUUUUUGUUCAUACAAUUCCUUACAUGUACAAUAUUUUUUCUUAUAUAUUAGAGUAUCAUUAUCGGUGGUAGUUAUAUAAGUAGUAUUUAACCUUUCUUCCCCACUUACAUAAUGGUACAACCCUUUUGACCCAACUCCUCUAUUAGAAACCCCUGUUCCACUAAUGGGGAGCAUCCAAUAAGGAAAGUUGGUGUCAGACAGGGCGGCCAUUCUCAACUUUGUUUUUGAGAGACAAACGAUGUAGCCUUAUCUGUUAUAUGUAUGUGAUUUUGAAAUAGACAUGUUGUUACGACCAUUUUAAUUGGUCAAUUAAGCAUGCCAUGUGACUGAUUAUAUCCAGUUAGUACAAAUGUCAUUUUUGGUGGAUUAUCAUACCAUAUUUGGAGUGAGAUGCGUGUUGGAUGGAUCAGAGGGUGUUAAGAGGACUGUUAUAGAUUUUUUGUGUAUAUAUAUUUUACAUGUCUCAAAUUGAAGAAAAAACCAAAUAUGUUUACUUCAUCUGUUGAAUGUCUACAUAUCACUGUCCAUGUCAUUUGCUGAGUUGUUGCCCAAAACGGGGAAUAAUUUCGGCUGAGAAAGCCAGACCUUUAAAACAGGCGAUGGGAAAGGUCACAUACACAAUUCUAAACCAUUGGGGAACAGUUACAGCAUUAACAGAUAUGUUCCGAUCUGUCGCUACAUUACCCUGUUUAUAUCUGGGGAAUUGUACCUAAUAUAUAAAUAUUUUACAAGUCUUUGUAAGAAAACAAUAGCCUCUGUUUACCCAGUUAUAUACAAUUCUUUGUUAACCAUUUUGUUGUAACGGUUACUCUGAAAUAUCCACACUUUGACCUUUGACCUUUCCCAUUCGGUUAUAGGUUUCCAUCUGCUGGUAGCAUUGAAACUAUUGAACCCAUCAUUUCUUCCAAAAUGUGAUUAAAUUCAAUAAUUAAAUAUGCAAGAAAGACUAUUUUUUCCAACAAAUUUUUCAAAUUUUUGAGAAUUAAAUUCUCGCCAUUUGGGCUAUUUUUAUCUCUUUUUCAUUUCUUUUACUCAGUGGAUUUUGAUAUGCGAUUUGUAUUUUCUCAUUUCGUUCUAUAUAUAUUGUUUGAUAGUCUAUGACAUAGCAUAAUAGCAUAUUCGGCUCGUCCCGUUCCACUGCUACGCACGGUUUAUGAUGUCGCAGCCACAGUACAAUGAAAAUGUCAAAGUUAUCCAAUCAGUUUCGCUGUCGUUUUCUUAAAUAUAUUAUUUUUAUUGGACAAGACUUUUUUCAAGAAAUAGUUUUGGUUAAUUGGUUUUGUUGGUGAAUUUCCUGGAUUUGUCUCUCUUGUUAUCUAAAUUAAGUGUCUGCAGCGAUACCUACAUAGGCAGUGUUUUUAUGAAAGGCACCCAAGCCCGUGAGCGGCGUGUUCAUAACUUCAUUUUAAUCGGUGUGGUUUUGUGAUAACUUGUUAUGUAUGUUACAAAACCUAUUUUAUCUGUAGAAUACUAGAUGAUUUUACAGUACCGGGGUGAUCUGUAGAUUCAGUGUCUCUAUAUGUUGUUUCCUAGUUCCUUCUGCCCAAACGUACAUAUACUUGUGAUAUUUCUUAUCGCCAGUUGACGUAUUGAAAUAACCCCAGAUUUUUCAGAAUCUUGCUUAAGGGAAUUUACGAAUUUUUUUUAUAAUUUCUUUUUUCAAUUUAUAAUAGAGUCAAACUCUUUUUUAUUGUGAUUAGGCAAAGAAAAAUUGAUAAGAUGGAGGUGAUUUGUUUUCUUUAUGAAGAGAUGACCUUGUUGAAAUAGGUGUCAAAAUGAAUCUAUUCUGACUUGUGAUUGGUUGUUGGAAAAUUUUGAAAUUAUAUCUUAUAGUUCAAUUACUGUUGUUACAGAAGUUCAAUGAUUUUACAAAGCAACAUGUGAUGUAUAAGAAAUGACAUCUAAUAAGGUUGUUGUUCUGUGGCCAAGACCACUUCAGUGUGUUGACAGUUAAUGGGAAAAGUACGUAAUGUUAUGUAGAUUUUUAGUGUUUGGGUAGGUUGUGUUUCAGCGACAGGAAGUCUAUUACAAAGGUUAGUCCUGGGGGUAGGUUGUAGUUGUUGUCCAGGAAAGGACUAUUCCUGCAUGUAAAGUGCCAUAACAAACAUCGUUUUCUCAGGCCACUUCAAUGAAGGCAUUUAUUGUGUUCAUUACCAUAAAGACAAAUGGACAUACCCCGUUUAAAUUUGAAAAUUACUUUUGGAGUUGGGCUCAGGUUCUUUUCAUCAAUCUGGUUUCAGCUGAAAAAAAAUGUGUUCAAGAAAUCCAAUAUAGAGAGUUUAAACCACUUAUAAUGUUGCAUCGAAAUUGUUGAGUCAUUUAAGUGCCAUAUAUCUUAGACUAACAAAUCAAUUUUCCAGAGAAAUUACUUGUGUGAAAAGUAGUUAACAAUAUACAAAUAGUGCCACCUCUUUACACAAAAUCUACUACAAAACUUUUACAGUCAGUUGGAAGUGCUGCGCAUUGAUGUAUUGCAUGAAAUCCAUUUUGCCAUAUUAAACUUAUACUAGUACUUUGUGGUAUAAGACGCCAUAUUUUAAGUGCUAAAAGAUUAUAUUAUAUGUAUGUGUGUAUGUGUGAGGGUGUGCGUGUGUGUGUAUGAUUCAAAUUUUGACCUUUGACAUUGUAUGGUUGACCUUUGGGCAGAAGUUACUAUGAACUUAACAUUUAUUAAGAACAUGUUAUAUGUAGUUGAUGACUUGUGUAUAAAAUAGUAUGUAAUGCUUGUGGUUUCAUGCCACAGGGCUGUGAUGUGAGAGUUCAUACUCCAAAGAGCCUUUGUGUCAGGCACAGCGAUUGUUCCAACACAUUACUAACCAGAUUUUUUGUGUUGGAUGCACUGCUUGGUCCUUACUGUUUUUGUGUCAUGCACAGUGAUUGGUCCAUUAAACCAAGCACUUCUCAUGUCAGACAUGAUGAUUGGUCCAUUACAGUAACCAACAAUCUUUGUGUCAGACACAGUGAUUUGUCCAUCACACAAAACCCAAACAGUCUUUGUGUCAAACACAACGAUUGGUCCAUCACAUAGUCACAUGUUCUGUUGUAUUGUUGUUGUUUAUAUGGUGACACGUUACUGUGUGUGAAAUGGUUGAUGUCCUUUGACGAAAAAGAAACAUUUUUUUAUUGAUUAUAUCAUUUUCUUUUGGAAUGGUUCGAAUCUUUGAUGAUAAUAUUUCUUGUAUUAGAUAUAUUGGUUAUUAGUUAAAGCGUUCAGUUUUAAAGUCUAGAUAUUGAGCCAUGACAGCAUCUGAUGUUGUCAUAGUUUUUUUAGUCAGAAUGGUAUCGGAGUCACAAAACAGUACAAUAAAGAUCCUGUUACUAUAUAUAGACUGUUACGAUAGAAGUAGGUCCUGUUUAUGUUAUGCCCACGGGGAGGGCAAGAUAUAUCUUAGUUGUAUGAUGAUUGUGUGGUACGGUAACUAAGUCACAUAUGUGAUAACAUGUGACAAAAGUGGGCGACACACACGAUCGUGUGUGUGGUUCGUGGUGGUGACAGGGGGAUGUGACACCCAUUUUUCGCUUUGUAAGCUUUUGUGUGAGCUGUUAAUUACUUAACCAAAGGGGUUGUCUAACAACUCCUAGCAAAGUGCCCAAAAUGCCAUAUGCGGAUUGCUGAGUUUAAAACAGCUGAUUUCUUAACUAUGAUCAAGUUUAACAAGUUUGUGCCAUGCUUCUAAUCUUUGAAAUUUUCAUAGUAGGUUGUAAAAUUUGUGCAGGAAAUUGCAGGAGUUUGCAGCAAGACUCAAAUUUAAUUUUCAAAGAUGUGUAAGAUGAAUAUUUCAAAAUUAUUCAUUUUUUUUCUCAAAAUUAUAGAAUAAAUUUGCAUUCUUGCUUUGUCCAAUGGCAUAUAGAGUAUGUUUUCAGAGAAAUACAUUCGUGCGUGACACAAACUUUUUAUACUGGAUUGUAGCUUUUAGAAUUAACAUUUUCCAAAAAAGCUGAACUCGCCAUAGGUUUAUUUUGAAAGCAGUUGAAAACUGCACCAGCGAGGUCAUGAGUGUUCAAGAUCAGAAUUACGAAAGAAAAGAAUGUUCAAACGAAUGAUUUGAAAUAUUGAUUUAUUGAAAUUGAUGGAUUUUUUAAGUUCCUGCUGAGAAUUGAGGGAAUCAUCCACAAAAUGAUUGGGAAACAUUGUUAUUUUUGGGAUUUUAUUGUAUGAUACAUAUUCUUUUUCAUUUUUGUGUUUAAUAUUGAUAUAAAUUGUCAAAAACAGUAUGGUUAGUUCUCAACUGUUGUAAAUUUUUCAUUAGUAACCAUGGUUUCAAAACCACUCUCCGGUGAAGGUCUUUAUAAGCCACAGAGACUAGCAGAUUCGUUUUAUAGAAGUAUAUACAUUCAAUGUAGAUUUUCAAUGGUUUAAUGACCUUACACUGAAAUCACCUCCUAUAUAUCUUUAUAGUAGAUUUGCUUGAGCUUUUCGCCAGACGACAUUGUAAAGUCGUCCAACCAUGCUUAUAUUUGUGUCAUGUCUGCCUCCGCUUCUGACUCUUUAAGAGAUGCCCAAUAAACACAAACCUCGGAGUAUAAUCCAAUAUACAUAAUUGUAAAACAAAUGUGUUGUGCUUUUUUGUCCUUGCAUGAUCUCACUUCUCCUUUGACCUUUCAACUUUCAGACUGGCCUUGACCUUUGAAUAUAGGGUUGAGAUCACCUGUUUACACACGUUCUGCCAGCCAUAUGUGUAUGUACCGACACAAGCAUUUAGAGAAGGGAGUCAUGUUCACGUUAGCAAUAUUGUACCAUAGUAUGUCUGUACAAUGAUGCGUGUGUGUUAAGGUCAACAAAAUUUAUACUUUCUGUAUAAACCAUCUUGCCAUUGCUAUUUAAAGGGGAUAAAAUACAUCUUUCUACAAGGAACCGUCCAAAAUAGUUCACAUUUUUCUUAUAAUUGAAUGACUUAUUGUAUAGAUCUUGUUUUUUGCCAUAUAACAAUUGAAUAUAAGAACAAGCUUUUUGGAAAUGGUAUUGCAGCUGCAUUAUGGAUCAUACUGGCUUUAAAUAUUGGCGGGCUUGGCUGUAGCCCUACAACAGAACCUGAUUGGUCGACGCCACUAUAAUCAAACUUCGACAUUUGUGUCACGUAACACGAUCUCUCGCGAUAGUGUUAGCACUAACCUCUUUAGAUACGUGUACAUUGUAUGCUUUCUCUUUCCUGAUAAAUCAUGGUAUCUUACUUUAAUCAGUUUUCUACUGAAAUGGUAGUGGCACUUUGUCAAAUUUUCAAUUACUAAUGACAAAACACAUUCAGAUAUUUUCCGGGUCAAUUUCGCCUGUGAAAAUAUCAAUAUUGUAUUUCACAAAUUUGAUUUUUAAUUGCUCUCUUCAUGUCAGCAGUCAAUAAGAAUAAAGAAAAAAAAACACAAUAGCACAUUGGCAUAAAACAACUAUGGCUAUGUUUAAAAUAUAAUGUGGACUCAAAGCUGAGCAGAUGAACAAUGUUCCAUAUAUAAGGAAAUAGAAAAUGGUUACUAUGGUGCUGGGAAAGGUCAAGGACAGUUUAAUGGUAUCACUGCACGUCGUCAAUCAGAUUGAUGAGCUGUGCUCUAUUUCUGUUUUCAAACAGUAUGUCUUAUAUAUUGUAAUAUAAUUUUAGGUGCUAUUAAAACUAGACAUUUACAACCGAGCCAAGCUCCCAAUCAUCGUAGGUGUUAGAUCUUGUCUGUAUCAUUGUCGUUAGUAAGUGGAAGGUGUUUAGUUACGUAGUUAUAAAUAGUAUCUGUCUUUCCUACAAACAAACAGUCAUUUAAGAAUAAUAAAAGAUCGGAGUCCGGGAAAAGUUUUAAACUUAUAUUAAUCCGUUUCUUAAUUAACUGAAGAAGAAACACAAUAAUACAACAAUUUGCAAUAAUGAUAAUCGGAGCAAAUGAUUCGGCGGAGUGCACAAGACCAGGAGGUCACCCUGAAAAGGCCUACAGAGAACCUGACUAGAAUUCAGUCAUGGCUGACACUCUGUGCUGUUCUCCAAGCAUCUUGUUGAAUUCUGCACAUUUUAAUAUCAAAUUGCAUACGAGAUUAAUCACAAAUUAUUCCUACUUUAAAUGCAUUUAUUGAUACCAUACCAUAGUACAAGGAAUCUUCAAAAGAUUUCCAAUAUUCACAAAAAUUGCUCAUCAUCGUCCGAAUUCUUAUCGCAUUUACACUUUGCAUAUAAUCAGAUAUUUGUGGUGUCCAUGUAUAACGAUGGUCGUGCGCUAUGAUUCCUACAGGUAGCCUUUAAUCUUCUGAUUCUGGUGGAUUUCAUUUUCAUAUUUGAAGUUUAAGCAUUUUCAUAAACUAUAUAAAUUAGAUUUUAUUAAUGUCUAUGUACAAUUGAUACACCUCAUGCAAAAAUUUAAAGAUUUUUUUUUUUUUUUUUUUUAUCUGAAAAAUGAAAUGAUCAGAAACAGAAGAAGAAUCAGAAACUCCAGCAAAAGCACAAAAUCAGGACAAUGAAGAGGGGCUCGUGUUUUUGCAACAUAGGUCUCACUUUUUAGCAUCAAACAUUGAGACGCCAUUACAGUUUUACAACCAAAUUUAUCAUGUAAGACUUUCGGACUGAAAAUAAUGAUGAACUCUUGAUUCUUGUUUACAAAAUCAGUUUUUGAAAUUCAUACAAAAAGCAUAAUUGAUUUAUACCCAAUAAAUAGUGAUUUUGUUUUUAUUGGGGCUCUUCAGUCUGUACUGGCGUUCUUAAUUGUUUGAUGAUAAAUUCCUGUUUGAUAAAGGCCGCUGGUUGGUCCCUGGCACUAGGAGGUACUUUGGGAGAUUGCUUGUUAAAAUCUGCUGGCUAUUAUAUUCCGAUCACUAAGUGGCUUGACAGGUGCUUCAAUUAACGCAGGUAAUUAAUUAUAAGUAGUGUACGUUUUGUUUUUUCAUUAGAACUUGUUUUCUUAGAUUGGCAUUAGGUGCCUUUGUUAAAUUUGUGUUUUCGUUUUAAAUUAAUUCAAAGAUAUAUUAAUGUAAUUUUAACCUAACUUUAUUCAUGAAAAAUCUCUAAAAUAAUAAUGCAUGAUUCUUAUGGUGCUAAUCUGAUGUUUGUUUUUAUCCCACCGAAAAAAUAACAAUUCUUCAAUAACAUCAAUUUUUAUUUUUGAUUAUGUUUUGUUUUUCUUCAUUAAUUUCAAAGAGAGAACAAGAAGCUGUAAAUUAGCAUAAUAGUUACUAUCAUUUUUUUUUCUACCCGAAAUCUAUUAUAUCUUAGAUGUUUUCAUAUUUUUAUGAAAAGAAACCAGCAUGCAUUUGUUAUGAUAAUGAUGCCCUACUUUUGAUCUCAAUAUUUUUAACUAUUUAGGAGUAUUUUGGUUUAGUGUUUCCCAAACUAUUUCCUAUGUGCCAAUGGAGAUUAAGGAAGAGGAAGAAUAGAAAACAUACCCUGAUAAUCUAUAUGGCCACAGUGGUCAGUGUCUUAAUACAGCUACGCCAUGGAAUGACAUAAUCCUCUAACCCAACAGUUCAACAUUUUAAAACCAGAUUAAAAUAGACAAAUAUAUAUAAUCAUAAUUUAAACAUACUAGUUAAUUCUCUUUUUUAUUUUAUUAUUUUUUUUUUUUUAAAUAAUUUCCUUAAUAAGAUAUCAAGACAACUAGGAAAAGGAUAUCGUUUAUGAUGUCAUUGGUAUAACAUUUUAACAAUACAAGGAUAUGUCAUUGGUUAUGCUGUGGGAGACCUGAUCAUUGGGGUGUUCCAUACAGAUCAGGGUAUAUACUGACCACAGUCUUAGCUAUAAAUACUUGGUAGUUUUUUUUUAUUGGAUCUUCGCGGUGGAUGGACGGCUGUGCGCUAGGCUGGGCUUGUAACAUCACUGAAGCUUUGCUGCUUCUACCCGUCAACUAAUCUUUUUCCAGGUUAGCCUGACAGUCCAUCUACUAUCCCAGCAUGCAGUUGUGUAGUCUUGCACACUUUCAAAAAUGGCAGCCAGCCAGCUAGCAUAGUGCGGUGCGAGGAUCUUAUUUUUCCUGCACGCAUACACUUAAAAGAAGCAAGACAGGGGAAAACUCACCAAAGUUGUUUAUAUCAUUAUAUGCCAAAGAUGUCUUCCAGUUAUUUCCGUGGAAAUGAGUGUAACUCAUAAAUUUGUUUAUUUAUGAAUAAAUGUGGUGAAGUGUCUAGUUUUGUUUAUAAAGAAAGACGCAAUUGUUUAUAAUUUUUUGUUAAAUCUAUUGUAAAUAGGUAUUUUUUGGUUAAGGAUAUUCCUUUUCGUUCUUUUAAAAAAAGUUUAAGUACGUAGUCAAUAAAAUAUUUUUCAAAAUAUAA